AUGGAUGAUUUCAAGAAGUAUUUAAAAGCAAGAGUUUUUAUAUACAUUGACGAUCUUAUCAUCACUUCAGCUAGCCCCGAAGAACACCUGGAAGAUAUUGACGAAGUUCUAGGGAAGAUCGAAAUCCUGGGAAUGAAGCUGAAAGCAUCUAAAUGUGAGUUUGCAAAGGAAGAGAUCAGGUUCCUAGGAUUUAUUUUGAGUAAGGAAGGUAUAAGACCCAAUCCUGAGAAAACGGAAGCUAUCGACCAGUACCCACAGCCGACAAAUGCAACGGAAGUCAAGUCGUUUCUAGGGAUGUGUUCAUUUUUUCGGAGAUUCAUACAUAACUUUGCUACUAUUGCUGCCCCGCUUACUGCACUGACAAAGAAGAAUGUGCCCUUUGAUUGGACACCUCAGUGCAAAGAAGCCAUGGAUCAUCUGAAAAAAGCACUAACGACGGCACCUGUUCUCGCAGCACCGCGGUUAGGCAGACCUUUCGUCAUCGAAACAGACAGUUCAGCGAAAGGAGUUGCCGGUGUUCUCAAACAGGAACAGGAUGGAUUAGAGCGUGUAAUCGCUUAUGCAAGCCGCACUUUAAAUAAGCACGAAGCAAGAUAUCCGGCAAUAGAGCUUGAGGCAUUGGGUCUGAUUUACGCAGUGCAAAAGUUCCGACCGUACAUAGAUGGAGCCAAAUGUACUGUCAUUACUGACCAUGCACCUCUCAAAGCAUUACUUCAUAGGAAAGACCUCACUGGAAGAUUGGCGAAAUACCAGAUUGUAUUGCAAGAAUUCGACGUCGACAUCAUUUACCGUCCAGGAAAGAAGAAUGCAGUAUGCGACGCGCUAUCUCGACAUCUACCAUCAGUCGCAAACGCUAUCACAUCGACGUAA